AUGGCUUAUGAUCGCUAUGUAGCCAUCUGUAUCCCCAUGCACUACUCUCUCAUCAUGAAGACAAGUGUUUGUGUUCUUCUUGUCUCUGUUCCUUGGUUGAUGGGUGCCACAAAUGGUUUCAUGUAUUGUUGGUUCAUUUCUAAUUUAUUUUUCUGUGAUCAUCAAAAUAUUGAUCAUUUAUUUUGUGAGCUGAAAGCCAUACUGGAGCUCUCUUGUAGUAGCUUUGAAACCAUUAAAAUUGCAAUGAUUGUUACAUGUGUAAUUAUGGGACUCCUUCCCUUUGGUUUAAUUCUGAUCUCCUAUGGAAACAUUAUAUCUUCUGCCUUAAAGAUCCGAACUUCAGCAGGAAAACUCAAGACCUUCUCCAGCUGCUGCUCCCAUCUCACAGUUGUGCUUCUGUUCUGUGGGACAUCUUUAAGUUUGUACAUGAAGCCUGAUUCUGGGAAUUCCCAAGAAAUGGAUAAGCUGCUGUCUCUGCUGUAUGUGGCUGUCACUCCCCUGUUAAACCCAAUAGUGUAUAGCUUGAGGAACAAGGAUAUUAUUAAUGCCAUUAAACAUGUCGCAAAUCUAUAUUUCUGGUCUAAAAACCCAUUUUAUAUGUAA